AUGGAUGUCAAGAGUAGAAAUUAUUUGCUUAUGAAUCGCCAAGCAUUGGAAAGAGACAUCAAGACCUCUUAUAUUAUGGAUCGUAUGAUUUCUGACGAAGUACUGACGUUACAGGAGGAGGAGAGAGUGAAACAGCAGAAUACACAGAAGGAGCGAGCAGCUAUGCUAAUAAACAUUAUUCUCACAAAAGAUAAUAAUUCAUAUAGAUCCUUUUAUAAUGCUCUGCUUCAUGAGGGGUACAGAGAUCUUGCUGCGCUUCUUCAGGAUGGUAUCCCUGCCGUCUCCUCUGGUAACAGGAAGAGUUCAAUGGAUGGAAUGACUUCACACGUUAAGACAAUCCUUUGUGAAGGAGGCGUACCACAGAGACCAGUUGUGUUUGUCACUCGGCCAAAACUGGUAGAUGCUAUUAAGCAGAAACUGUACUGCUUGGGAAGUGAUCCGGGCUGGGUCACAGUGUAUGGAAUGGCAGGCUGUGGGAAGACUGUUCUAACAGCAGAAGCUUUAAGGGAUCAUAAGCUCUUGGAAGUUUACUUUCCAGGAGGAGUUCACUGGAUCUCUGUUGGAAAACAGGACAAAGCAGGGCUCCUAAUAAAACUUCAGAAUCUCUGUAGCAGAUUAGAACAUGACACUACUCUUUCACAAAGGCCACCACUUAACAUUGAGGAGGCUAAAGAUCGUCUUCGUUUGCUGAUGCUACGCAAAUAUCCCAGAUCUCUUUUGAUCCUGGAUGACAUUUGGGAUUCCUGGGUGUUAAAAGCAUUUGAUAAUCAGUGUCAAGUUCUUAUCACCAGCAGGGACAGGAGUGUAACAGAUGCUGUAUCUGGUAAUAAAUAUGAGGUUCAUGUGGAAAGUGGACUAGCACAUGAGAAGGGACUGGAGAUUUUAUCCCUGUUUGUGAAUAUGAAAAUAUCAGAACUGCCAGAACAAGCUAACUGCAUUGUAAGGGAAUGCAAAGGUUCUCCUCUUGUGAUAUCCUUGAUAGGUGCAUUAUUACGAGACUUCCCUAGUCGCUGGGAAUACUAUCUCAGGCAGCUGCAGAAUAAGCAGUUUAAAAGAAUAAGAAAAUCUUCUUCUUAUGAUUAUGAAGCCCUUGACGAAGCGAUGUCCAUAAGUGUUGAGCAACUGAAUGACAAUUAUAAAGAAUACUAUAAAGACCUCUCUAUCCUUCCAAAAGAUGUUAAAGUACCUACUAAGGUUCUUUGUAUUCUUUGGGAUAUGGAAACUGAAGAAGUUGAAGAUAUACUACAGGAGUUUGUUAACAAAUCACUUUUGUUCUGUGACCGUAAUGGGAAGUCAUUCCAUUAUUAUUUACAUGAUCUUCAACUUGACUUUCUUACAGAGAAGAAUCGCAACCAACUUCAGGAGCUACAUAAGAACAUAGUGAAUCAGUACAAGAAAUACUACAAACUUAACAUGCCUGUUCCAUCUCAAGAGGAUUGCAUGUACUGGUAUAACUUUCUAGCGUAUCACAUGGCUGGUGCCAACAUGCAGCAGGAACUCCGUGAUCUUAUGUUUUCUUUAGAUUGGAUUAAAGCUAAAACAGAAUUGGUAGGGCCUGCUCAUCUGAUUCAUGAAUACGUAGAAUAUAGUUCAAUCUUGGAUCAAAAGGAUGGCACAGUACGUGAGAACUUCCAGGAAUUUUUGUCUUUAAAUGGGCACCUCCUUGGUCGGCAGCCGUUUCCUGACAUUAUACAGCUGGGUCUUUGCCAACCAGAGACAUCAGAGGUGUAUCAACAAGCCAAGCUACAUGCUCAAAGAGAAACAGGAACAUUUUAUCUGGAAUGGAUAAAUAAAAAAUCCUUGAAAAACCUCUACCGUCUGGUUGUUCGUCCACAUAGAGAUGCAGUUUACCAUGCCUGCUUUUCUAAGGAUCGACGAAGAAUAGCAUCGUGUGGAGCUGAUAAAACACUUCAG